AUGUCCAACACAUCGUGGAACCACACAACCACCAGCGAUGAAGUCGCUGAAACGUUAAGUUCCCAUAUUACCGGCAAAACAAUCCUCGUAACCGGCAUCUCCCCAGACGGCCUCGGUCUCGACUUCUGCCGCGCGAUAGCCUCCCAUUCCCCUUCCCUUCUAAUCCUCGCCGCCCGCAAUCCCUCCAAAAUCUCCGCCUCUCAAUCCCACCUCUCAUCCCUCUUCCCAUCACUAUCUCUCAAACCCUUAGUCGUCGAUCUAAGUUCCCAAAAAUCCGUCCGGUCAGCCGCCGCAGAGAUAAACAAUUCAGUCGACAAGAUUGACGUAUUAGUAAACAAUGCAGCAAUCCACGCUCAUAGCCUUAGCAGGAGUGAGGAUGGAAUUGAAAUGAGUUUUGCGACGAAUCAUCUUGGACAUUUUUUGUUUACGAAUUUGUUGUUGAAGGGGGCGAUGAGGAGUGGAGGAAGGGUUGUGAAUGUUACUAGUAAUAGUUUUAGGAGGGGAGGGGUCGUUUGGGAGGAUCCCAACUUUUUGAAUACGCCGUUCGGAGAUGGGUGGGAAGCAUACUCACAGUCCAAAACGUCUAAUAUAUUAUUCUCAACGGCUCUAGCCGAGAAAUUUGGCAGUCGAGGAGUCUAUUCAUAUUCCCUACAUCCAGGGUUAAUCAACACCGCCAUGGCCAAGAAAAUGGACAUGGACGACUUCGCAAAUAGAUUCAAUGUCAACCUCCAAUGGAGAUCAUUCGCCCAAGGCACAGCAACACAUGUAGUAGCUGCAUUUGAUCCAGCGAUUGAACCACAAAACGGUGGGUUUUUGACGGAUUGUCAGAUCAAACCUAUUGUGGGUGAUGAGGCAGCUUGGGCUACUGGGAAAGAGAAUUGGGAAAGGUUGUGGAAAUUGAGUGAGGAGUUUGUCGGGGAGGAGUUUUCGUAG